AUGGUUGCCACCGGCCGAUUCCCUGAGCUUAGCGACUACGAGGUCGACGUGAACACGGGCUUUAUGGCCCCGGACGUCCCUCUGGCGCGCCUUCCGCAUCCUUGGGAUGCGUGGGAGGACGUGCUCAGCGAUGCGCACCAUCGGAAGCUACAAGUGGGUGACAAGCCUGGAAUUACGGACGCGGAACGCGCAGACUCUGAAGCGUGGCGCGCAACCGUCCGACGCCUUCCCAUCCUUCCGAUAGAAGGGAUGGAGGUCUCACUUCUGAUGCUACGUCGGGCACACGUCGUGCUGGGCUUUCUCGAGCAUUUCUAUGUCCAUUCCCUCCCGCCGCAUGAGCCUGUCGUCAUCCCCGCACCGAUCGGCGUACCAAUGCUACAGGUCUCCCUACUCCUUGACAUGCCACCUCUCCUCACGUACCCCGACACCACCCUCUACAACUAUGCCCCCAUCAUCGAGCGCGGCGCCCCUGUACCGCAUCUGGACAACAUCACGAAUCAGACAACGUUCACCGAGACGACAGACGAAGUGGAGUUCUACAUCACGUCUGCGCGCAUCGAGCUUCGUGGAGUCGCCGUCCUCAACAUCGUCAAGGCGUCGAUGGAUGCGGUGCUGAACGGUGACAUCCAGGCGGUGGCAGAGCAGCUCCACCGGCUCGCCCCUGUUGUGCACGAGCUACGUGUCCUCCUUGGCAGCGUCCGCAGAGGCUGCGACCCCACCCGCUACUACAACGUCGUCCGUCCAUGGCUACGUGGCCAAGAUACUGGUGUCCGGCCCUGGACCUUCGAGGGCCGGGAGGAGCACGGCCUUCCUGUCCCCACCGAGCUCUCCGGCCCCAGCGCAGGCCAGAGCUCCCUCGUCCACCUCCUCGACGUCUUCCUCGGCGUUGACCACGCACCCGAGAAGCCCGGCGCGCGCCCCUUCCUCGAGCGCAUGCGCGCCUACAUGCCUGCCCCCCACCGCCGCUUCCUCGAUGUUGUCGCCGCCUCGCCGAUCGCCUUACGUGCGUUUGUCAUGUCCGCGGGCGACACGGAGCUCCUCGACGCGUAUAACGCGACUGUUCUUGCGUUGAAGGGCUUCCGCGACGAGCACAUGAUCAUCGUGACGCUGUAUAUCAUACAACCCGCGCGCCGUGCUCGGGCACUGGCCGAUGCGGAGAGGGCAGAGGAGAUGGCGAGGGCACAGGCAUCGGCGGUGGUGGCGCCGGCGCCGGAUCUAUCUCAGCAGCGGCGUCAGCCGGUGAAGGGCACGGGCGGAACGGAUAUUGCGCGGUUCUUGAAGGCAACGAGGGACAAAACGGCGCAAACGGUUAUCGUGCUAGGGUGA